ACGAAAGAGAAGAACCAAACAUGAAUGUGAAGAAAGGUUACACUGAAGACAUAGCUAACCAACUCUCGAGGCCUCCUCCUCGUCAUUUCUUUGCUGGACAUUUGGAACUAUAUGGAGGCACUGUUAUGUAUUCCAUUCCAACUCUCAAACCUAAUAUUAUUAUUUUUGUUGCUAUUCCUGUCAUUACAAUUCCAAAGGAUGAAGCAUUGGCUUCUAAAAUAGCUCCAGCUAUAUACAAUAUACAUGAAAUAAAUAUGCUAAACCUUCUCCCUUCUAAUUCAUUGACAGGCAUAGCACUAGAAAUGAUGAAUAAGUAUGUAUAUACUAGAACAACAAAAAGCGACUUACCUUGGUGCACCAUCCUAUCUCCCAAGUGAAAAGCCACUUAUCACUUAAGAUUGUUCUAAAGUUUUUCAAUUCAUAUCGACCUUUACAUAGAGAAGUGCUCCACUAACGAGGUUCAAGUCUAUUCGCACCAAAAGUCCACCAACGCUCGCAAAUCCUACUAAGAACCAAAAAUAAAGUAUUAACCAUUUUU